AUGUAUACUCUUGGUUGUGGUUUUAUUAUCAGAUUUCAUGGAACAGACAAUCGACCAACUAGGCCAGGUGUAAUUUGCGCCAAUCAUUUAUCACCAAACGACGUCCAUGUAAUGUUUGCAGAUAUUCCUUUAAAUAGAGAUUACUUGUAUUUGGUGACCGGACAAAAACAUAGCGGUGUCAUUGGAGCUUUGGAAAAGCUUAUUGAUAAAAUGUGUCCUUCACUUUGGCUUGAGCGUUCUGAUCCUGAAUCGAGACGACAAUUUAGUGUUGAUGUACUUAAAGCAGCUAGGAAAUCUGGACCAGUAAUUCUAUUUCCAGAGGGAUACUGCACAAAUAAUUCCCAAGUUCUUCAAUUCAGAAAAGCUGUUUUUCAAAAAGAUAUAAUUGUUUAUCCAGUUGCAAUUAAACAAGAAUCUCGUUAUGGUGAUUCUUAUUGGAAGGAAAAUUAUUUUUUCAUGUAUUUAUUGAGAGUUUUAACCUCUUGGGCGAUUGUCUAUAAUGUUCAUUAUCUAGCUCCUCAAAAAUGUCGCCCACAAGAAUCUCCUAUAGAAUUUGCUGCUCGAAUUCAGAGAAUUAUUGCUUCGCGAGUUGGUGUUAGGGCAGCGCCUAUUGAUGGAGGAAUUUGGUAA